CGAGCCAGUUUAAAAAAAAAAAAAAAAAAAAGGGCGCAAUGCAGCGAAAUUCAUGUGCAUGUUGAGGUUCAGUAUCCGGGCGACUUCUUCCAUCUCUGUGAUGUGCAGCAGAGAGAUCGAGCAGGCUACCCACGCAGCUUUAGCUACCUAGCUUAUCUACAGACUGGCCUACCUACCUACUGCUGCUUUUUUGGAGCUGCAAUAAAUAAAUCAUCAAAAAAACGCUGCAAUGCAGUGGGGGUCGCCUUCUUGUUCCUGUGGAUAGAAGAUCCUCCUUCCUGUUUUCCUUUCUCUCUCUCUCUCUCGGGUUUUUUUUUGAAGACAUCUUUCUGAUUUAGGGAUGGAUAAUGUAGGGACUUGUUCAUGCACUCAUGGAUAGAAGAUUCUCCUUCCUUCCUUCCUGGUUCUCUUUUUCUCGAGGGGUUAUGAAGACAUCUUUCUGAUUUUAGGGAUGGAUGGUAUCUAUCAAGGACGGACUUGAUCCUGUUAUCGUGGAUAGAAGAAUCUCCUUUCUCCUGUCAGUGGGUUUUGAAGGGAAACAACAUCUUUCUGAUUUAGGGGAUGGAUGAUAUAUAUAAAGGAGGGACUGACUGAGCGAGGGAGGGAAAGUUUUUAAAAAGAGGUGGGCGGGAACAAGAGGAAGCAGUAAGGCGAAGUGUGUGAGUGACAGAGCAAAGAGAAGCUGUCAGGGAGGAAGAAAGACGGAAAAGGCCCGAGGGAGAUCAGAGGAAAAAAAAAAGUGACAGGCUGGACGAGGAGUGCAAGAAGGGACACCAAAAGGGAGGAAGAGGGGAGUGGAAACGAGGGAGAAUUUGAAUGUGUGAGACAGACGUGGACUGAAGCCAUCGUCGGCUCAUGGUCUUAGAGCGGGGGAGAGGAGGAGGAGAAAACGAGAGGGAAGGGGAGAACUGGGCAGCAGUUGUUCCUCUAGAUCAGACCAUGAUGGGGCUGUACUACCAAGCAAUGCUACCGGGUGCUCAGGACUCGACAGGAGGACAGGAGGGAUUGGUGGCCCCUCCCUUCGCAGCGUUCCCCCCUCCACCCCCUCCUCAGAACGGGCUGCCGGGCACAGAGUUCGGCCCCGGGGCCAUGUUUGUUGCUGGGGGCCAAAGCACAGCAGAGGUAGGGGUCGGGGCCAAUGGAGCCACCCCCAUUCCCUCCCCCAACAACAACAACAAUGGUAAGACAGAGGAGGUGUCUCUGGGCGAGGCGGGGGUACAGUGCGGAUCAGUGGAUUCAGGAGGAUCUGUGGGAGACCCCUCGGAGGCCAAAGGGACCCCCAAACGCCUCCACGUCUCAAACAUCCCCUUCCGCUUCCGGGACCCCGACCUCAGGCAGAUGUUUGGGCAAUACGGGAAGAUUCUGGAUGUAGAGAUAAUUUUCAAUGAGAGGGGCUCGAAGGGUUUCGGCUUUGUGACGUUUGAGACCAGCGCGGACGCAGAGCGAGCCCGGGAAAAGCUCCACGGCACGUUGGUGGAAGGUCGUAAGAUUGAGGUGAACAAUGCCACGGCCCGGGUGAUGACCAACAAGAAAAUGGUCAGCCCGUAUCCUAACGGAGAGGCUCUCAGCACGCUGCCUUACGCCCAAAUUAACGAUGCUCUCUCUUUGGGAAUGCCAGCCGGGUGGAAGUUGAGUCCCAUGAUGGGAGCCAUGUACGCACCUGAGAUCUACGCAGUCCCAGGGUUCCCCUACUCUUCAGCAGCAGCAGCAGCCACCACAGCAGCAGCAGCGUUUCGCGGUGCCCACCUGAGGGGCCGGGGCCGACCCGUCUACAGCGCUGUUCGUGCAGCCGUGCCUCAGCCCGCCAUCCCUACAUACCCUGGUGUGGUGUAUCAGGAUGGGUUUUACGGAGCUGCAGACUUAUAUGGAGGUUAUCCUGCCGCUGCUGCCGCGGCCGCCGCCUACCGCUACGCCCAGCCGGCCGCCGUGACCGGAGCAACCGCUGCAGCUGCCGCCUACAGCGACAGUUAUGGCCGAGUGUACACUACAGACCCCUACCACGGGUUAACUCCAGCUGCUGCUGCGUACGGAGUGGGAGCAAUGGCCAGUUUAUACCGGGCAGGAUACAGUAGGUUUGCUCCGUACUAAAAAAAAGAAAACAGCCCACAAAUCACAUCUGAGGAAUUUCACAUCGCUCCAAAAAAAAAACCUUUUUCCAGCUCUUUGUUUGGCAGCAGCUCCCCUCCACUCUCCUGCAGGCGGACAACGGAGACCACUCAUGUUUUAUUUUUGUCAUCUUGUGGCGACAGAGGUCAUCGUGCCACAUCAUCAAACUGUCUGUCCUCUUCUGUCGGAACCAAAACUGCCACGCAAAGAAAAAAAAACCACCCUGCGACUUUGAACUCGAGGGCACGAUUUCGGACGUUUUUGUACAACACUGCGGGACCUGGAAGGAGCGAGACUGUACAUCUUUUUCCCGCCCUUCUCUGAGAGUAUACCCACCGCCCUAUAGGAGCUCAUUUCACCUCUACACACACUAAGGUGUCCUCUACAUUUCAGAAAGACGCUCCUCUAAAAGGUACUUCUGCUUUUAAACACUACAUUAAAGCCCCCCCCCCCCCGCACAGAAGACCAUCAUGGUGAAACAAAAUGUAGGAAUUAUUAUUGUUUUUGUGCAUUUAUCCGAGAGGAACUGGGAGCUUCAUACUGACGGAAACCACUUUACACGGCAUGGGAUUCUUUUUACUCUCCCCCGAAUUUACAAUCAUGUUAGAGAAAAAAACGACAAGGGAAAAGACGAUCAAACGGACUCUUUUUUUCUGCAUUACCUCACUUUUUCUGUUUCUUAUUUUGCUGCCAUUUGAUCGGUAUAUAAAGCGUCUUCAGCCUCAGAGACAUUCAUUUCCUGUCCUGCAACACUAAGACGGGAUCCUGUAUCUCCGUCCUUUUUUCCGUCUCUAAAGGCUCGUCCUCGAUUUUCUCCUCGUAGCGCUUCUUCCAGCAUACCCGUCACACAUUCCUGCAAAUGAAAACGAGCAAUCCGAUUCAAGCGGGAAAACACACCCACACUUUCGGGACGCUCGUCAUCCAGCCAAAUGGGGAGUCCCUCCUGGCCAAUCAGAGAAGGAUUUCUGCAGAAUUAGACAGAGUUAGAGAGUCUUUGAUAUUUAUAUUCAUCCUCGUUAAGGACACCGUCAUUAUUGCUCUGGGAUUGUUUUUGGCGUCCGAGUAUUUUGUACGUGUCUCCAUAUACCCUCACUUUGUUGCUUUUAUUUUGCCUUCUUUUGGUUCCAAAGAUUCUGAAAUAAGCACAUUUUUGUUUUAUCUGGGUCCUGAUGCAUUUCCUUUGUUUUGUUUGUGGUUUUUCUUUUUCGUUUGUGCCUUUUAUUUGGUUCAGUGCAGCACCCUGGGAAAUGUCAUGCAACAGUAGGAGCAGGAUUGGGAUUUUUUUUGACCCACAAAAACAAAUUCAGACCACUCAUUUAUUGACAAGAGAAGGGACGUCAGAGCAGAUGGAGUCAUGAGGGAUAAGCAGGAAGACUGAGCUGAUUAUAUGGAUAGUUUUUUAGCCAUUAGGGCCAAAUUACAGUGAAGUAAAUGGAGGAGAAACGUCCAGACAAAGAGGGAAGAGCGGAGGGGUAUCGUGAAGGUGAGAGCCAUUAAUCAUCAGCUGACAGGACAACAAACGUCCCCUGCUGUCUGUUGUUUUUUUUAUUCCAGUGCGAGGAGUUUUUGUAUGAUUGUGUGCAGUAGGUCCAAUGAGUAUUUUCGACGAGCAUUACCUCUUCUUCUUUUUUGGGUCUUUUUAUUAUUCCUUACAAGUAUUAUCAGAAGUGUUGCUAUGCAUGCUUUUGUGAGAGAGGAAGACAGAAUCCUUUUUUCAUUUUGUGCAUGAAUUCAAAAAUCAUAGUGCUGGAGGAGGGAGAUCAGAAGGGGGAGUGGGGGGGUGGGUGUUUACAAAACAAGAGGAGGAUGUGAGGAGUAAAAAAGUCCGAUGAGGAUUGGAAGUUGAUUUCGAUCCGCUUCAAUAAUCCGGGUUACGGCUGCUCGGUGCCUCUGUUGUAAUCACCAGUUUAAUUUGAGACGUCUCGACCCCCCCUCCCCCCGGUUCUCUUUUAUAACGAAAGUAAAAUCCCCGUAUGAUCAUUCGGCUUCACCGUGAAAAGAAGAGGCUGGUGAAACAGAGCUAGCUCCACCGUCCUGGUGCAUUGAGCAGCCACUGUGGUGCAGGAAUGAGUUAGCAUUUUAGACUCCCUCGUCUCAAACUCAAUGGGUUUUUUUUAAUUUAUAUUUUGGUUAGAAGCCUGAAGUAAGGUCUGUGGUUAUCACAAACUAAAGAAAAUGUCAUGAUUUGUUCCAACACGUGGCUAAAAGAGACGACUAAACGCCAUCGGGCCGACCGUUAGCCGCUUUUAGCUUAGUCAUGUGGCGUGAAGUCCUUUUUAGCCUAACGUUAGCUUACAAGAUUCUUACGUGUUGUUCUCCUACAGGACAUAUGUCGGUAAAUAACCCACUAGUAAAUAUCCAAAGCUUUUAGGUGCUCGAAAACCAACAGUUUGCUAUCAAGCGGGCCAAGAGAGACGACAUUAGCCGUCAUUAGCACAUUCAAAGUAAUACAAUUAGCAGUAAAACAUGGAUAUUAUCUUGCUGAACAGAAGUAUAAUAUAAAUGUGUUUGCCACUGAUUUUAAUUCCUGCAAUAUUCCAAAAGCUAAUUAAAAAAAUCCCAUUGGCUUUCUGUCGUUGGAGCCGUUGCGACGCUAACUCUAUUGGUAGUGAAUCGGAUUUGCUGCAGAGGUGCAUGCUGGGACAAAGUUCUCCUCUGACCCCGACUCCCCUGCACUCGAGCCGAACCAGUGGGAGGUUUUUUUGUACAGGGAUUUCAUAAAAGAAUUUAAACUGCAUGUGGAUUUUUCUUUUUGUAAUGUCACAUGCUCUUAAAAGCUCAUUUAUCCAAGUGAUUUUUUUUCUCAAUAAGUGACAUGUAUUUUCUCACCGUGUUUUAUUUUGCCAUCCUUGUGUCUGCCUUCUGUUUAUUCUCUCCAUUAUUAUUGAAUGUAUAUAAUAAAUAAACUGUUUGGUUUUUAA